CUUAGCCUUUUAGGGACUUCAGGGAAGUAGAGAAGGGGACAAGUGAGGGGAUGCUGUUCCAAGACUCCAAAGCCGUUUGCUUUCUUAAAAAUAGCAAACCCACAGCCCCCUAUCUCUUUAAGGGCCUAAACGCAUUUUCUCUGCUGUAUCCUCAGCCUCCCUGGGGAGCAGGAUCAUUUGGGUUUGGUAAGCGAAAAAAGGAGGCCGAAAACUCCUCCUGUCUCCCGACCCUCGUUCUGGCCCUCUGGCCCUCAGUACUAAGCAGGCCCUGACCCACUCGUCUUACUCCUGCUGCCGCUUCCCGGCGGGUCUCGCGUCCCUUCUCCGACCACUCUGCAGGUCCUGCCCCAACUUUAGGACUUCAGAACUCUUCCACCGUGCCGUGGAGGGACAGCCCUUCUUCUACCUCACCCACACCCUACCCGGGCAGAACCAAUCGAAGACUAUCCCACCCAGGGACCCCCCUUUUUUUUCUGGGAACCAGCGUUUCCGCCUCCGGGGCGCAGACUCCUCCCCCUCACCGUCCCAAUUGUAUUCCCUGGAAGAGCAGCCGGAAAAGCCUCCGCCUGCUCAGACCGGGAUAGGCGAGAAGCUGGUUUCUCCUCGCAGCCGGCUCCCUGAGCCUCAGGAACCACCGCGGCGCCCGGCACCACCUGGGCCCAGCUCCAGGCGGGCGCGGCUUCAGCACCACGGACAGCGCCCCGCCCGCGGCCCUCCCUCCGGCGGCGCGCUCCAGCCGGUGUAGGCGAGGUAGCGAGCUAUGCCCGCGGCAUGGCCCGGCGCUGCGGCCCCGUGGCGCUGCUCCUUGGCUUCGGCCUCCUCCGGCUGUGCUCAGGGGUGUGGGGUACAGACACAGAGGAGCGGCUGGUGGAGCAUCUCCUGGAUCCUUCCCGCUACAACAAGCUUAUCCGCCCAGCCACCAAUGGCUCUGAGCUGGUCACAGUACAGCUCAUGGUAUCACUGGCCCAGCUCAUCAGUGUGCCUCUCUUCCUCCCUGCAGCAUGAGCGGGAGCAGAUCAUGACCACCAAUGUCUGGCUGACCCAGGAGUGGGAAGAUUAUCGCCUCACCUGGAAACCUGAAGAGUUUGACAAUAUGAAGAAAGUUCGGCUCCCUUCCAAACACAUCUGGCUCCCAGAUGUGGUCCUGUACAACAAUGCUGACGGCAUGUACGAGGUCUCCUUCUAUUCCAAUGCCGUGGUCUCCUAUGACGGCAGCAUCUUCUGGUUGCCGCCUGCCAUCUACAAGAGCGCAUGCAAGAUUGAAGUAAAGCACUUCCCAUUUGACCAGCAGAACUGCACCAUGAAGUUCCGUUCGUGGACCUACGACCGCACGGAGAUCGACCUGGUGCUGAAGAGUGACGUGGCCAGCCUGGACGACUUCACACCUAGUGGUGAGUGGGACAUCGUGGCGCUGCCGGGCCGGCGCAAUGAGAACCCCGACGACUCCACGUACGUGGACAUCACGUAUGACUUCAUCAUUCGCCGCAAGCCGCUCUUCUACACCAUCAACCUCAUCAUCCCCUGUGUGCUCAUCACCUCACUAGCCAUCCUUGUCUUCUACCUGCCAUCCGACUGCGGCGAGAAGAUGACGUUGUGCAUCUCAGUGCUGCUGGCGCUCACGGUCUUCCUGCUGCUCAUCUCCAAGAUCGUGCCUCCCACCUCCCUCGACGUGCCGCUCGUCGGCAAGUACCUCAUGUUCACCAUGGUGCUUGUCACCUUCUCCAUCGUCACCAGCGUGUGUGUGCUCAACGUGCACCAUCGCUCGCCCACCACGCACACCAUGGCGCCCUGGGUGAAGGUUGUCUUCCUGGAGAAGCUGCCCGCGCUGCUCUUCAUGCAGCAGCCACGCCACCAUUGCGCCCGCCAGCGCCUGCGCUUGCGGAGACGUCAGCGUGAGCGCGAGGGCGCCGGAGCUCUCCUCUUCCGCGAAGCCCCUGGGGCCGACUCCUGCACGUGCUUCGUCAACCACGCGUCCGUGCAGGGCUUGGCUGGGGCCUUCCGGGCUGAGCCUGCACCGGUGGCGGGCCCGGGGCGCUCAGGGGAGCCGUGUGGCUGUGGCCUCCGGGAGGCGGUGGACGGCGUGCGCUUCAUCGCAGACCACAUGCGGAGCGAGGACGACGACCAGAGCGUGAGUGAGGACUGGAAGUACGUCGCCAUGGUGAUCGACCGCCUCUUCCUCUGGAUCUUUGUCUUUGUUUGUGUCUUUGGCACCAUUGGCAUGUUCCUGCAGCCUCUCUUCCAGAACUACACCACCACCACCUUCCUCCACUCAGACCACUCAGCCCCCAGCUCCAAGUGAGGCCCUUCCUCUUCUCCAUGCUCCUUCACCCCGCCACCCUCUGCUGCACAGUAGUGUUGGGUGGAGGACGGACGAGUGAGCUAUCAAGAAGAGGGGUGCCGCCCCCACAGAUCUAUCCUUUUGCUUCAUCUGGAGCCCCUCCUCCCUCACACCUCCAUCCACACACAGCAGCUCCAACCUGGAGGCUGGACCAGCUGCUUUCUGUUUUGGCUGCUCUCCUCCUCUUGUACCAGCCCAGGCAAUAGUGUUGAUGAGGGAGCAAGGCUGCUGAGAAGUGGAAGACAGGGAUAGCAGAGCCAUCUACCUUGAGGACAGAGUGAUGGGCAAGGGGCCAGGAAGGGGACAGGAUCGUCUGCUGCCUCCGAGUCAUGGGAGAAGAGGAGUAUAGGACAAGGGGUGGAAGGGCAGGAGCUCAGACCGCACCAGGCUGGCCUGACACAAUGGUAGCUCUGAAGGGAGGGGAAGAGGAGAGAGGCCUGAGUGUGACCUGAAACCUGCCACUACUUGAGUGGACAGCAGCUGGACUGGGUGGGCCCCAUAGUGGUCAGCUGUUCCUGCCCAGUAGGUUUAGCCUGGCCCCACUGUCACAGACCCCUGGGGGAGGCUUCCAGAUCAGUCCCACAGCCCCUUGCUUCUAAGGGGUCCAGAUACCUGCCCCAGAUUCUCUUUCCCCACUGAAGAAUUCUGCGCCCUCUGGACUUCCCUCUCCUUCCUUCCUUGUUCAGGCUCAAGGUGUGGUGGGCAAGGCUGAGUAUUAGGGGAGCUUCUAAGUUCUGAAUCUUUGGGUGACCUGCUUGGAGUCUCAGGUCCAAAUACUUGAACUCUGUGAGAAGUCUAAGUUCAUGGGCUUUUGGAACUGGAAGAACUUUGUACAGCCAUGGAUUCCAACAUGAGCCAUGUUGCAGAUGAAGAAACUGACCCACACGGUGAUUCAAGCCCAGGUGGGUCUCUGACUCUUCCUCCCUGCCCUGAGAUCCAUCUGUCGAGUGCCCUGUUUUUUCCCCACUUUGAACUGACUGGUUACUCGAAGGAAGUGAACUAAGGAUGUUAGCUUUAAGCCAGCCCAGCCUCUUUGCCCACAGCAGAACUGAGGUGAAUAGCUGGAACUCUGCUACAUCCGUGCUGCUCCAGUCUGUUCUGCUCGUGGCUCCAUCCUUCUGGCUGUUACUCUUCCUCUUCCCCCUCCCAACCAAACCUGAGCAGCUUUGAAGCAGGACUCGGGAAGGACAGGGCUGCUGCUGUCAGUGACACCUCAGAAAGCAUAGCCUUGGCUUCCUGUCCCUGGAAGCUCUACCCUGACUCUGCUCCCAGAGGCCGGCUGGAGGCCACCUGGCUGGGUAGCCCAGGGAACAGACCUCUUAAGGGAUCUCCUGCUUGCUUGUGUUCCCAGCCUGGGCUCAAUGCUGGGCCAGCAGAUGGUGGGUUACAGAGGGGUCAGCCUGCCAAAUGCACCUGAGGGACCUGACCUAAGUCAUUUUGUCCCUAGAGCCCAGCUGGGACUCCUGCUUCUCUAGGCAGGGCAGAGGAGGGAGGAGACACAGCACAGGAAUAGAGCAUGGGGCAGUGACCCCAGAGUCUGGAUUCAAGUUCCAGCCCUGCUAAUAACUCAUGUGAGCCAGCUCGAGCAAGUCCCUUCACCUUGCUAGAGCUCAGCUUCCUGGCCUAUAAAAUGUGGGUGGUAAUGCCCUCUUCCUGGGGUUGUUGUGAGGAUGAGGCAGUGCUUGUGAAAAAGCCUAGUGCUGUACCUGGCACAGAGUAGAUGCUUCAUGACUGUUGAGUCCGAGACGCAACUGGAGCUGGUGAGAAUGGGGUCCCGACUGUCAUGCCAGCCUCCCUCCCAGGCCCACUCUUCCCCCAUCUCUUCCCUGAGGAAACCAAGUCUCCCUUAUCAGGAAGAGCUGGGGGAAGAGCUGGGAGGAACAUUACAGGAACACCAGAGGGAGUCUAGCAGGUGGGCGGGCUUCUCUCUGGAGCCCCCUCAGCAGUUUCAUUCCAUUCCUGGGCUGAACCCUUGCUCUGCCCCUACCUCCCUUCUGGGGCAGGUGUGCGCUCAGGGACCCUGGGCUCUAGUCCUGGACUGGCUGUGCAGCGCCUCCUGACACAGGUGUGCGCUCAGGGCCCUCAGGCUCCAGUCCUCUACUGGCUGUGGAAGCACAUCACUGGGACAGGAAGCCAGUGGCUGAGGAGACAGGCCUCAGCACAUCUCCUCGUCUGUCAGGAGGGGCUCACGGACACCUUUUCUUGGUAGCAAGGAGAGUGUCUCUGCACUAUGGAAACUUCCCCUCUUCUAGAGCAGAUUGGGAGCUGCCUGUAUUAUGCCUGAACGCUCCUCAAACUCAUGGUCCUGGGGAAGGCGUCUUGGAACCAGAAGCAGCAACAGGACAGGAGCCUCCCUCUGAAGGGUAGGAUGCCAGCCUGAGGCCCUCCCUCUUGGCUCUCCCAGGGCCUGGGCUAGCCGGAGGCCCCAGCAGCUGCUGCUGUGGCCGUGCUUACUUUUAGUAUUUCCCAUAUGUGGCUGUUGUCCAAGUUAAGUCACCAAAUGGUGCUAGAGGGGAUGGCAGAGAGCAGCUUAUCCAGCUCCUCUCCAUGACCCGGUUAACACACAAGGAAACAGAGGCCUAGAGGUUGUCUACUGUUUGACCUCUUAUAAGAGCCAGCCGUGCUGCAUCUACAAAAUGAAGAAGGCAGAGCUAGCUGAGGUCUUCAGCAAGGAAGAAAGGGGUCAGUGUAUAUGAGAGGGUUACCUGGGCAGUGUCAUUCUCUCCAUCUCUGUAUGCAGCCCUUUGGGGACCAUCACAGUAAGGAAGAGGUGAGGGCAGAGGUGGAGGCUCCACUGCCCAGGCAGGGUGUUACCAUGUGGUGGGACAGAGUGUGAACCCUCAAGUGCACUGGGAAGCUUUGGGGAACCACAGUCUCUUCCACUCUUGGAUCCUGUGUCCUCUUCUCUUGAUGUCAGGGAAGCCCCUAUGCCUCCUUCCCGUGGUGGGGCUAUCUCUGCAGAGAAUCAGGUGCCCAAGCUGGGCAAGGACUGGAGGAAGCUCCAGAUCCGGAGGAGGCAGAGACUGGAUGGAGACCUGCAGCAAGGGUUUGGGAGGGGGAAGUGAGGAAACAGGUUGAGAUGAUCUCCAUCAGAGCUGGCAAGGCCGCAGGUGAUCUAAGAACUAUUUUUGUCUAAAAAGAAGGCGCGCACAGGCUCUCUGCUUUUGACAGGUGGCGUUGCAGUGGGAGGAAGGCAGCUUCCUGGCAGUGAGGUAGAAAUACUGUAACAGCUGGUACCAAGUUACUGAAAAUUUAAAAGCAAACAAGACACAGCAGCCCCCAGGUGGUGUGUUCUGCUGAGGAAGGCUAUGGCAGAGGAAGAGCAAGACCGUUUCCCCCUCAGGGAGGGCUCUUUGGGUGGUUUGGAGACCCUGGGCUGUUUGUAUCCCGGUAUUAGCUCCCGUUACUAAGGGUCUGCUCUGCACCAGGUCCUCAGCGUGUGCUGUCUUUAUUCCUCACAAUCCUGUGGGAAGGGGCCUCCACCUACAUAACAGAAAUGCGGCUCAGAGAGACCAAGUGACAGCUAGUGAGUAGUGCUGGGCCUGAACCCCAAGUGCCAGGCCUGAACCCCAAAGUUCAUACUCUUGCUGUAGCCGCUGAGGCAGGCAGAAGAGCUCCUCGGGAGGAAAGUGAGGGGCAUUCAGGGCCUUCUCUGAAUCACUCUCCAAGCCAGAGUAGAACCCCGGUUCCAGUUGUCCUCCUCUGUUUCUGGGCAGAGUCAGGCAGGUGUCAUAGCAUCCCUCCCGGCCCCACCAGUGCUGGCCAGACUCCCAUUCACCGACCUUGACUAGACAGAGAACAGCCACCUUUUAGUAUUCAUCCCAACAGGUCGAGACGGUCAGUGUGAUGGCCACGCGGUUCCUAAGGGACCAUAGGUCUAGGAAUUAUUAGGACACUCACUCAGCCACCCUCGAUGCCCCCAUCUGCCCCACACUGCCAUUCAUCUCCCCCAUCUGCCAUUCAUCUCCCCCAUCUGCACUCCUAGAGUAUUGGCACUGGUCUAGCCCACUCCAGGUCAGACUCAUUAGGAACUCAAGAUUCUCGUAAAGAAAGUUGUUUCCAAAUUUGUCUUGUCACUCUAUUUGGGGGUUGGGAGAGAGCCCGCGGGGGCCAGUGUUGGCCAAUACAGGAAAAAGGGAGAAUGCUAGAGAAACUGGACUCAUGAGAGGUUAAAUACAUCACAAGAAUCCAAAGAAAAGGUGAGUGGUGACAA